AUGCAGCAGCACCUGUGGGAGGGACAGAUCUGUUCGGACUCCCGCUCUAACGACUGUCGCGGACUAUCGUUCGCUGUGGCACAAUAGUAUUCUUGUGUGGGAUGUUGAAUGACUUUGGAGAGAGACGGAGACAAAUUUAUCAAACAGCCUCUGUUCAACACAUAUUCUAAUCUGGAGAUCCUAAAGAUAACAGGUAAAGUCUCAAGCCUAUUCAUAUAAAACACCUGAGUUGUCAGUUGAUCACAGCAAUACGUCCACUCCAGUAACACCUACGUUAUCGUUAGUUCUAUUUAAUCAUAAAACGCUUUUAAUUUGACAGUAUAGGCUAGAGAUAUGCAACAAGGAAAAGGUAUAUUAAACAAUUUCACUAUCAGGAAUCUUAAUGUAGCAGGAGGUCAUUCCGGGACUUUUAUUAUAGUUCAACGACAGUGAGUUCAUUGUGUGCUGCAUUUAUUGGUCACUUAUUAAUACCAACUAAAGGUUACAGAGUCAAAUGAGGUGUUUUUUCGUUAGUUUUUCUUACAACCAAACAUGGCGCUAUACUUUAUUAUAUGUUCUGUAUAACAAAAAAAUACGUGUCUUAAAUAUCAGUCUGCAAAAGAUAGACUUGGCAAGUAGAGUGUAUUUUCGAAUUUUCUUUGGUGGACUGACUGCAAACAUAGACACAAAUAUUUGAGACUGGUGGGAGCUCAGUUACAGGUGUUCUGGAAUUGCGAAUACAAGAAGUAUCAAACACAGUAUUUUUUGCGAUCUAUUAUAUCGGGUGGAAUAGAUCAUAGAUAAUACAAAUAUCAGAAUGGGCUACUAUAGUUUUUGACUAAAAGUGGUGUCCCUUACCAUUUGUUUACAACAAGAAGUGAGUAUGUUGCAAACAUUUCCCAUUAGAUCGUAUCUUACUUUGUGACAGAGCCCUAUUCAAUCGAAACCUGUCCUGUCCUUAAAAGUGGAAACCCAGUUUGAUGAGAGCCCUAAGUGCCAGUACUAUAAUGACGGGGCUAGAGAGGGGGGCAGAGUCGUUUUCUGGUCAAAUGUAGCCUAGUGCACUUUAUAGGGAAUUAGAGUGCCAUCCCACUGGGCAAAGACGUCAGUUCAACAUCUAGUUUUGAUUUGCAAUUAGUUGAGUUGUCAACUAACGUGAUUUCAAUGUGAAAUCAACAAACCGUUUCACCAUGUCAUUGGAUUUAGGUUGCAAGUUGGGUGAAAAAAAGACGAAAAUUACACAUUGAUUCAACAUCACCACUUUUUUUUUUAAUGACUUGGAAACAAUGUUUAUUCAACCAGUUUUUGCCCAGUGGGAUUUGGGAUACACCCCUAUGCCUCCCAGUCAGACCUUGGGGCUCCUCACAUGGUUUUAAAGUGCUUAAUCUAUAGAGUGUGGUUGGACUGGUUUAUACUACACUGACAGCUGACAGGAAGAACCAGACAGGAUGUGCAACACGCAACUGGGACACAUUUGUGUUUUUUUUCCAUUCAAAUCAGAUGACUUCACUCACAAAUCGACCAAACAACCUGGCUUGACUCUUUAGUGUCAAUCCAAGAAUGGUUAGAAAUCAGAACAGCUUCCUUAAACAACUCAAUACAAAAGUUAUUAUAGCAUAGAGAUCAGCUAUCCUAGAAUCAAUCAGAUAUAAAAGCUAUUUAGAUUUGAGAUUAAAUCAUGAAUAUCAUGGCAAAGGAACACUGUCACUGUUUAGUUGAGGGUAAACAACAGCACUUUUUGUAGAUCGUCCCUGUAUAGGUGAUUAUAAGGAUAAGAUUAAUCAUCUUUAACUCUGUAAAACCCAAACAUAGAUUCAAAAUAAUAUUACCCUUCAGAAAUACUUGUAAUAGACCUCUGAUUAUGCAACACUGGGCUUACAUUUUAAAAACUUUUUUUUGUAAUUUAGCAGACGCUCUUAUCCAAAGCGACUUACAGUUAGUGAGUGCAUACCUUAUUUUUUAAUUUUUCAUACUAGCCCCCCAUGUUAUGAACAUUUUGUGCUAAGAAAACUAUGAAAUUCUAUAAAAAUCACAUAAAAAUGGAUCAAAAUCAUUGACAGGUGAUGGAAAAUAUUGUGUCAUGGUAUAUUAACCUAAAAUUAAGUCUACAUUUGUCUGAAAUAGCAAAAUGUAUCAUCUUGACCAAUCCAUAUUUUUGUAUUUUGCUAUCAAAAACAUAUAUUUUUCAAAGCAUCAAUUAUUUUGUGGGUUUUCUAUAUAUGGAGAACAUCUAACUUACUUUGAGUUGUAUUUGGUUGUCCUUUCUGGCUGAACUUGGAAAGAUAAUGUGUCUUAUUUCUUUACCAUAAAAUGAAUGACCGUCAAUGGUAGUAUUCUGACUUCAUAAACCACUAUUUAAAAAAAAUAUAUAUAUUCAUUUUUGUUAUUUGAAUGUCUAGAGGGAACAUCAAAGUUCAUGUUGAAGUAUUUGGUUGUCCGUAUUUGCAGAAUUCGGAAGGUAAACAAUCUCUCUAACUUGUAUAUCAAUAUAUAAAUGUGGCCCUAUGCAUGAGUUUAGCAACCCUUUAAUAAACCCAAUGUUGCCUUUUUGCAAUACUUACAAAACUACCUCUAGCUCUGGCUCAGAAUGUGUGUUUCUCGAUUAUUUCUUUUCUACAUAAUCACUACAUCUUAGAGAAGACUGGAAAAAAAAUUCAUGGAUGGCUUACUACAUAUGCUUGUGUAGGGGACCAGUGUGGUCUCAGACAAGUGGACAGGUUUCAGAUUCAGAGUGUUUAAUAGUCACAUGUACAGGGUUGCAGGUGUGAUUGCGGGGUACAGUGAAAAUCUGACUAGUGGUGGCUAUUCAGCAGCCUGAUGGUCUGAGGGUAGAAACUAUUGGCCAGUCUUCCAGUUUUUGCCAUGAUGCUCCUGUACUGACUGUGUCUGAGUGAUUGAAGCGGGGAGAACAGGGCAUGGCUUGGGUGGCUGGGGUCCCUGAUGAUUAUCUCGGCCUUCCUGUGACACCUGGUGUUGUAGGUGUCCUGUAGGGCAGGCAGUGUACACCCAAUGGUGCGUUCAGCUGCACGUAUACCCUCUGAAGCGCCUUGUGGUUUCUAAUGUUUCAGAGGCUAAUGAUGCCACAAUAAUCAUACACACAACAAAUACUACUAAGAUAUACACCUGGGCCUAAGGAGAUGCACUGUGUUUGACAUGAUUAUUUAGUUUAGGACCUGUACAGGAUGCAAUUUAGGAAGCAUUGCAUUUUUGCAACUGUGGGUCUCACAGGGUUAAGUGAAUACAGUGCUAAAGAUUUGUAUUUGGUUGCAAAUCCCUCACUGAAAUAAGUGAAUUGUUAUGCAUGAUGUAGAAUUUAGCAUAACAACUGUCAGUCCAUUGACAUUUAUUUCACUGACAUAACAAUAAUACUGUAGGUAUUAAGGUAAGGUAGCUUACGGUGUCAGAGGUAGCUUUUUUAGAGGUAUUUUUCCUCUGUAAAAAUCUAGCCCAACCAGCCUCUUUUAGCUUGGCCUGAGAGAACCAAACCGACUGGCUUUCAACCCUGAGUAUCACCAAAGUGAUACUGAUAUGAUAUGGUAAAAGUAUUUUUCACAGAGAGCAGAGUGACAGCCUAAUGUGAAGUAAAGCCAAUUAUUUGUUUUCUACCUGGCUUCAUGUAGCACCAAUAGCCUAAAAUAGCAUUUCUUCUUCUCUCCUCUCUUCUCACGUCCUCCUCCCCCUCCCCCUCCCCUUCUGUGCCUUCUCCUCUCCUGCCCAACUCUCUCUUUCUCUCCACCACUCUCCUUUGCUCCACUCCCCUAUCCUGUCUUCCCCUUUUCCAUACGCUUUUCUGUUUUCAGGAAGGAAGUGAGGGCAUGGCAGCUCGUGUGGACGUGGACUCUGGUGAGGUGGGCCAAGCAGGAGAUGCAGGUGUCAAGCCUGAGCCUGGCCCCAAACCUUGCCUGAUUCCCAAACCCUUCUCACUGCAGAGGAACACCACAUUCCGCUCCAUCCUAGCCCCAAAGACACUCACAACGACUCCACAGCCGUCUCAGACCAUGCCCACUACAUCCAGCAAACCAGAGCCUUGUCAGCCUAUCAGUGCCCCUGUGUCUGACUCAAGCAGCGCUGUGAAACUUGAUAGAGAGAGCACCACGAUACCUGAACUGACCAAUGCUCUCGAAGCUCCUUCAGCCAUAACACCCCAAACUGACUCGACCCACACCACUGAACAAAACCAAACUGCUCUUUCCACAUCCCUUACUACCCCAACAUCUGAGCCACCAGCUAGUACCACAUCUGACCCAACUGGAACCUCAGAGGCAAAUCAAGUCAGUCUAUCUGAACUGGAUGAACAUGGCGACUCUGAUACAGGCCACUCCACCACUGGAACUGAGGCUGUACCAUCACCAUCGGUCACCUCAACUCCUCUUCAACCGCAGUCUGAAAACACUGUGAGUGAGCCCACCCCUGCGGUCGUCAGGCGCCACUCUGGGAAGGAUCAGGCAGCCCGCUGGGGAGGAGGCAGGAAGCGGCUGUCCAUGGAGCUCACCUCCAGGUUUGAGUCGGCCGGCCUCUCACUCUCCUCACAGCCACCAGCUAAACAAGAAUGGGAACAGGUGACCAAGAGAGAGACUGCAGUCCCCAAAGUGUCAGUCCUCAGGGCCAAAGAGGAGGAGAAGGUCACUGAUUCACCAGGGUCAUCAUCUGACCCGGAGCACUCAGCACCACUGAAGGAAGAGAGGGAUGGAGAAGGGGUGAAGGAGGAAGGAGUAAAGAAAGGGAGCAGCAUACAACGGAGGAUCAGUCUGCUACUGGACUCCUCCUUGAAGCCAGAGGCUCUGACCAAGAGGGAGGAAGUACCUUGUCCAAUGAAACAAGCAGACAGUUCUGUAGGUGUGAAACAGCGAAUCAAAGACUGGGCAGCAGACACACCUCCUGUUCAGGCAUCCAAUCAGAGGGUGGAUGUUGCCCCUCAACCAUUCCCUGUCAGAGUUCACCCUGUGUUGAGUGUCACUGGGGGGUCGUUGGCGACAAGCAAAAGUGUUCAGCUAGCUCCUCGAGAGGACAAGGCUUCCACCCUACUUCGCUCAGGACAUUUUGGGAUAGAGGAUGAGGAGGAUGAAGAUGAAGAUGAGGAAGAGGAGGAGGGAGAGGAGGAGGAGGUACCACUCUACAAAACAGUAGGGAGACUUCUUGGACAGGAAGAUGGAGGGACACAACAGGAGCUAGUGGUUGAUCAAAUAGGGAACGAGAUGGAGGCUAAGGUGAAAGAGGAGGAAAAACUUGCAGAAGUGGAAAAAUUAAAACAGCUGGAGGUAGAAGAGAGACAGGCAGAGGAGAGGGAGAGAGAAAGACAAAAGGAACUGGAGAAUCAAAAGGAAAGGGAGAGACAGAAUGAGGAAGAAGAUAGAAAGAGGAAAGAAGAGGAGUGGAGAGAAAGGCAAAGAGAAAUGGAGAGGGAAAUGGAGAGACAGAGACAGAGAGAGGAGGAGAGGGAUAGGGAGAGACAGAGAGAUGAAGAAGAGAGAGAGAGAAAGAGGAAAGAAGAGGAGAAGGAGCAAGAAAAACAGAUAGAACUUGAGAAGGAAAGGGAGAGACAGAGAGAGGAGGAAAAGAGGGAGAGAAAGAGGAAAGAAGAGGAGAAAGAGAGAGAAAGACUGAUAGAACUUGAGAAGGAAAGGGAGAGACAGAGAGAGGAGGAAGAGAGGGAGAGAAAGAGGAAAGAAGAGGAGAAAGAGAGAGAAAGACUGAUAGAACUUGAGAGGGAAAAGGAGAGACAGAGAGAGGAAGAAGUGAGGGAGAGAAAGAGGAAAGAAGAGGAGAAAGAGAGAGAAAGACUGAUAGAACUUGAGAAUAAAAGGGAGAGACAGAGAGAGGAGGAAAAGACGGAGAGAAAGAGGAAAGAAGAGGCGAAAGAGAGAGAAAGACUGAUAGAACUUGAGAAGGAAAGGGAGAGACAGAGAGAGGACAACGAGAGGGAGAUAAAGAGGAAAGAAGAGGAGGAGAGAGAAAAACAGAUAGAACUUGAGAGGGAAAAGGAGAGACGGAGAGAGGAGGAAGAGAGGGAGAGAAAGAGGAAAGAAGAGGAGGAGAGAGAAAAACAGAUAGAACUUGAGAGGGAAAAGGAGAGACAGAGAGAGGAAGAAGUGAGGGAGAGAAAGAGGAAAGAAGAGGAGAAAGAGAGAGAAAGACUGAUAGAACUUGAGAAGAAAAGGGGAAAAGAAGAGACAGAAGAAGAGGAAAAAGAGGGAGGAGAAAGAGGAAAGAAGAGGGAAGAAGAGAAAGAGAUAGAACUUGAGAAGGAAAGGAGAGCGAGAGAGGAGGAGAAGAGAGGGGAGAGAAAGAGGAAAGAAGAGGCGAAAGAGAGAAGAAAGAUGAUGAUGAACUUGAGAGGAAAGGGAGAGACAGAGGAGGAGACGAGUAGGGAGAGAAAGAGGAAAGAAGAGGGGGAGGAAGAAGAAAACAGAUAGAACUUGAGAAGGAAAGGGAGAGACGAGAAGGAGACGAGGGGAGAGAAGAGGAAGAGAGAGGAAGAGAAGAUGAAGAAGAGGAAGGAGAGAGAAAGACAAAUAGAACUUGAGAGGGAAAAGGAGACACAGAGAGAGGAAGAGAGAGAUAGGAAAGAGGAGGAGGAGAAGAAAGACAAGAGGAAGUGGAGAGGAAAGGGAGAGAGACAGGUAACGGAAGGAGAGAGGGGGAAGCUUAGAGUAAAAGAUGAGAGACAGAGAGAAGAAGAGCAGGAUAAAGAAGAAGCAGAGUUCCCAAUCCAAUUCAUCACUCUUAAACCUGACCAACCUCCCAAGCCAGAGCCUCCUUCUCCCUCCACUACCGUCCCCAUCAUAGAACCCAUACCGAAGGAAGAGAAGCAGCCUCACAUCGAGGUGGUCUACGACGACUUCUCUGUCAAAGAGGAGAAGCCUCUUAUCAAGAUGGUCUAUGAUGAUUUCUCCGUCAAGCCCCGGAGGUGGGGGUCUCAGGCCAGGUUACUCGCCGACCGUGCCCAGGUCGAGUCACCCUCCCCUGGGACAGAGGAGCCUGGGUCAUUGGGCCCCUCGGAAAACGACCUCCAGAGAACCGUUGUUGACACCCAGGAGCCAUCCCAAGAGAGUCCAGUCAGCGUCGAACCUCACCCAGCCGAGAGGGACCUAGAGGGGGGAGUCCCCACCCCAAAGGAUGGGACAGAGAAUGAGCAGGAGAAGGAAAAGAAGGAGGAAGAGAAGUAUAAGGAGGAGGGCACCAGCGUGGACACGGAGGAG